CAACAGGAAGUAGGAAUGACAACAGUGUGAAGAUGCUGCUGCUGCUGCCGCUUUGAAAGUCUUCACUGUUCAUUAGCAAACAUAAGGAGCCAACAAUGACUUCAAUUAUAAAAGAAACGCAAAGCAUAAAAGAAGCCGUGACUUUCAUCAACGCAAUUGAUGUGAACAAGUUCUCCAGGCUGAUCUCUCGCAUCAUACAAAAGCUUCAUCUGAAGGGAGAGCGGACAUUCAGUGAAGAAGAGGAGGAAAAACUCCAGGCUGCUCUCUCAUUGGAUAAAAAUGCUCUCAGUCUGGUCCUGGAAACUGCUGCCUUUAUACUAGAGCAGGCGGUGUAUCAUAACAUAAAGCCGGCGUCUCUGCAGCAGCAGCUGGAGGUGAUUAAUCUAAGCCCAGACAAAGCUGAGGUGUUCUCUCAAACCUGGGCCAGUGCUGGGCCUGAGCUGGUGGAGAGGCUGAAGCGUAAUAUCUUUGCCCCCAAGAAGCUGGAAUAUGUCGGCUGGCAGUUGAACCUGCAGAUGGCUCAGUCCAGCCAAGCCAGACUGAAGUCUCCCAGUGCCGUCCUCCAACUGGGCCUCCACAACGAAGACUCUGAGUGUCAAGAUUUCUCCCUGUCAGGCAAAAGCCAGCGACCAGGCAGCAGCAGCAGCAGCAGCAGCAGAGGUUCAAGAAAAUGUCUUUGUGGAGUUUAACCACCAGGAGCUGCUUGAGUUCUACAACAAGCUCGAAAUCGUGCAGGGACAGUUGGAUUCCCUAACUUGAUGCCUGGUGCUCUUUGUACAACCACCAUGUUGUUAGCGUUUUUCGCUGACAGCUAUGCCAGCUGUCGGCGGACCCAGCGAUUCCAUUCUCGCUCUGAUUUAUUAGAGAGAAAUGUCAAAUUUGAAGGGAGGAGUUUCUUUUAAUCCAAGUAUGCGCUCGUUACCGACGGCUCGGUGUGAUACACGGGAUUGUGCUUCGACUUUUUACGGUGGGAAAUUUCUCUCUACGCUGUCAGAGUAUAAAUCGCACUUAAACAAAUUCCUUAGGAGCAUUUUUCUAGACUCUCUGGUAACUUAUUGCCUGAUUGCCCUUUUCAUUACUUAUGAGCUGUAAAAUGCUAAAACAGAAAAAAAAAAAGUCAUCUUAAAAUUUCAUUUGUACUCUAAGAAAAAGAGAAAAAAAAAAAGGAACUCAAAUGCCAGAAUGUGUUUUGAUUUGAAGCAAAUGGAUUUUGUAACUUUGAGAAUAAACUAUGAUUCAUGCCAUUCUAAUAAAAAAUCUGAAGUGGAGGUGAAAUCCAUCCAA